CCAGAAUCUAAAGAAACAUUCAGAAAUCGCAUACGAUUUUUGUAAACAAUUUAUUUGUAUAUUACUGUUACAAAUAAGUAUUUGAGCACUUAAUUAUCAGAGAUUUCUGACCAGCAAAGACUUGCAGUUCUGCUUUUAAAUAGGGCAAUUGCCAAGCAGCUUGGUGAGAAAAGGACAACUGUUGGAGCAAUUGUCAGAAAAUAGAAGAGGCUAAUGAUGACUGUCAAUGUCCCUCGGACUGGGGCCCCUCGCAAGAUCUCAUCUCGUGGGGUAUGGAUGAUGCGAAGGAAGGUGAAGAAUCAGCCCAGGAUUACACGGGAGGAGCUGGUCAAUGACCUGAAGAGAGCUGGGACCACUGUUUCCAAGGCUAUAAGUAAUACAUUGAAACGUCAUGGUUUAAAAUCAUGUAUCGCACGGAAGGUUCCCCUGCUGAAGGCAGCCCAUGUCAACGCCCGUCUGAGGUCUGGCAAUGACCAUCUUGAUGAUCCAGACGAGUCAUUGGAGAAAGUCUUGUGGUCUGAGACCAAUAUAGCACUUUUUGGUCUCAAAUAUAUUCAGUGUGUUUGGAGGAGAAAGAAGAAGCAUCAUCCCAAGAACACCAUACCUACAGUGAAGCACGGAGGUGGAAGCAUCAUGCUCUGAGGGUGUUUUUCUGCAUAAGGGACAGGACGACUGCACUGUAUUAAGGAGAGGAUGAACAGGGCUCUGUGUUGUGAGAUAUUGGGCAAAAACCUCCUAACCUCUGUCAGAGCGUUGUAGAUGGGUCGUGGCUGGGUCUUUCAUCAUGACAAUGACCCGAAGCAAACAGCCAAGAAAACCAAGGAGUGGCUCCGUAAGAAGCAUAUCAAGGUAAUGAAGUGGCCUAGCCAGUCUCCAGACCUAAAUCCAAUAGAGAAUCUUUGGAGGGAGCUGAAACUCCGUGUUGCUCAGCGACAGCCCCGAACCCCGACAGAUCUAAAGAAGAUCUGUAGAGGAGUGGGCCAAAAUCCCUAAUGCAGUGUGUAUUAACCUAGUGAAGAAAUAUAUGAACCGUUUGACCUCUGUAAUUGAUUAACAACGGCUUCUGUACCAAAUAUCAAAGUUGUUUAACUCAAGUGAUCAAAAACGUAUUUGUCACAGACUUUUACAAAGAAAUUGUACAACGUGAUUUCUGAAUGUUUCUUCAGAUUCUGUCUCUCACUGUGGAAAUGCACAUAUGAUGAAAAAUUUAGACACCUCCAUGUUUUAAAAUUGUGAGAACUUGCUGAAUCACAGGGUGAUCAAAUACUUAUUGACCUCACUGUAUAUAAGUAUCAAUGUUACUGUUUUUCUUGGAAAACAAUGGAUCACACAUAGGAUGUAUGAUCCAUCCCCUUGGGUCCAACCUGAAGCUAAGUAUCAGGAGCUGAACAUACGUACAUUAUUUUUUGGGAGUAAAUGGCAAUAUGCAAUUUGAAUUGAUCUCAAGACCUCAUCUCUCACAUCCACAUAAAAUUUUGAUCAUACCGAAAACGUUUAACCCCUUAAUAUCCAUUGAUGCACAUAUGCAUAUCCAUUCCAAUAUAUUUAAAUUUUUUCCGCAGGUGUAAAUUAAUGUAGAUGUUAAUAGGUAAACAAUGUAUGAAAUUCAUAAAUUAUAUAUUUUAAUGUGACAGGCUCUGAAAGUUUUCAAAGCUAAAGUUUAAUUCUAUAUCAAAUGAAAGUAUAAAAAGGGGCCUAUGCUUUGUUCUUGUGCGCUUGCUUUGAAGAGGGGGAGGGGCGGCAAUGACUGCGCGUGAGUAGUUAAAGGACUGGCUUGCCAAGAAGCUGAUGCAAGACUACAAACGGUAAGAAAUGAACAUACAUCGGGAAAUCUAAACUAUUUGAACUUUAAAAUAAAUACCAAUAAUCUAUAAUUUUUUCUGGUCAUGCAAGCUUUACCUCUUAGCUAAUAUUUCAGCUAACCCACGCAUGACACAAGUCAAGCAGAACUAACCCCCCCCCACGAACAAUAUUUUCAGUGACAGUUAACUUUAAUGACGGUGUAUUACUUUUGUAAUUUAGAAUUUUAGUUUAUAAAAUUAAUACAUCUCUAGACGGAGUCAUACUGUUGAAUGACAUUAGCUAAUCUGGCCCGGGUUCUGGCAGCACGCGGGUCGGUCGGUGCCAGCUAAUGAAACUACCUCAUAUAUCGAUCGCAAGGGUGCUUCUUUGUUGGUCAGAACCUAAACAAAGACGUAGGCAGCAGGGUAAGACACGACAACUAGUUCUAACAUAAAGAGAAGAAUGUAAUGAGAAAUUGUUUUUCCGGUUUCGGAGUAGUAAUGUUUUUGAAGUGCUGGUGGAACGGUUUGGCACCAUUUUGGUAAUAUGUCAUAACUGAUAAUUACUACAAACAAAGUAACUGCCCAUUGAUUGCUGAUUGACAGUACUGCCACAACACAAUAUCUGGUUUCUGCUAUAUGUAAAUGCUAUGUACUUUUGGGAUCUUUGUAGUACGUAGUUGUGAAAAAUAUAAUUGUCAAUAACCAAUAACAACCUACCACAAACAUGUGCUUGGUUGUUUAAAUUUACAGCUAGUUGUGAAUUUCAAUGUGAACACUACAAUUUAUCUAAACACCUUCUCUUAAGUUUUACAUUUUAAGUAAAUCAUUAUAUAGAACAUCUUUCAUUUUGACUAAUUGUGGAACAUACAAAAUAAAGUCAAUGUAUAUCUGAAGAUAAUUUCUAUUUCUGUUUAUUAUUUACAUAUAGUAAAAGAGUGAAGCAAUUGCAGUUUAUUUUGACUUAAAAGACUUCAUGUUAAUUUUCCAUUUAACAGGGGUACUAAAUAAAGUUAAACUUGACCACAUUUAACAAUGACUUUAUUUUUUCUAUUGUCAUAUCAAAUUUGAUAUGAAGAAGUGUAUUCUACAAUUCAUGAAUGAAUAUUUUGAAUAAAAUAUGAAGUACUAAAGUUAAGACUAGGUCCUCUGUAGGUUUAUGUUAUUGAAAGCAAACACCCACGAAAUUAAUAGGUUACAAACAAACAAUUAAAUGGAAUUUCUGCUGUGCCCCAAUUUCAACACCUUAGAUAGAAACAGCAUGUCAUUAAGUUUAUUUGUUUAUAUGUUUUUUAUGCUGGAAAAUAAUGCAAAUCCAGUGGUUCGACUCCAGAACACAAAUGUCAAGAUGCCACGAGGAUCUACAACAAAACUUUGUGUCAGCUGCAAAGCUGUGAUUGGUGUGGCAACUAAGACAUGUAAAGUAUGCCAAACAAUCCAGCCAAUGAGGCAAAGGCUUGCCAAAAAACUGGAGAAGUUUCAAUCCAAAAAGGAGACUUGGUUGCAAAAACACAAGAAAAACAAAACCACCACACAUGUUUUGGAUGAGGCAUCGGUUUUGGUGGAAAAGUUGAAUACUUUGGGACAAAAAGCCGUUGUGUUUAUUGCCAGACCUGGAAAGAAAACAUCUACGUGGCAUACACAUGUCAUUCACCCUAGGUGGCAAUUAACCGAUCAAGCUGGACAGUGUCUGGACCGCAUGAAAGACCUAUAUGAGCUAAUGAUCAAUGGUUGGACGAGCCUUCAAAUGCCCUCUGGUCCAGUCAUCCAGCCUUCAACCUCACCAGCCAUUCAACCUUCAACUGCACCAUCCAUCCAGCCUUCAGCCUCACCAGCCAUUCAACCUUCAACUGCACCAUCCAUCCAGCCUUCAGCCUCACCAGCCAUUCAACCUUCAACUGCACCAUCCAUCCAGCCUUCAGCCUCACCAGCCAUUCAACCUUCAACUGCACCAUCCAUCCAGCCUUCAGCCUCACCAGCCAUUCGACCUUCAACUGCACCAUCCAUCCAGCCUUCAACCACAGGUGUUCCAGCAAAGAAAAAGAAAAAAAGAGAUAACAAGAAAGAUUCACCUGGAGAGUGCAGCCAUGGGGGAGAAGAUCAGUUUUACCCAGUGAAGCAGGUCUUGAAGACAAAAAAGCAGAAGGGGAAAUUAAUGGAGUUUGUUGAAUGGGAGCCAUGUUCCAUGUGUGGGAAAACAUGGUCUCCACAGUGGGUGGAAAAAAGGAACACCAAAAAAUAAACCCCAAAGGCACCUCUGUUGAUCAGAUUGACCUUUUAAAUUAUUAUUGUUGUUUGUGUUACUGCUUUCUAAUUGUUGUUAAUAAAAAUGUUCAAAUGAAAGGGUUUGAUCUACAUUUUUUAUUGCUCAACAUGCUCACAUGUAUGAUAUACCAUAGAGGUAGGACACAUUUGUUGUGAAAUUCUAAACAAAAGUUUACAAUAAAAAACAUACAAAAAAUUUGUCAUAUAACCAGAUAUCAGGUUUUUGUGUUGGAUUGUCACAGCUAUGGCAAUUGCAAAUGAUCAUACCUCAAGUUAUAAUGAUACAUACUUAAUAGUAAAUCAUUUUUGGUAUUUAGUAUAAUGAAAUAAGAGCAAAGAUGUAAUGCAUGGAGCUGUAUUGUGCAACCUAAAUAGAUGAAUGUAUAUUUGAGGUAAAAAAAAAAAAAAAAAA